CCCCACGAACUUAAUUACAUAUUCACAUCUCCAUCUUCACCUUCUCCCUCCAUUAUUCCUCUAUCCUCUGUCUCUCUGCAACUCACUACACUUCAAUUAUAUCUCUCUCUUCUCUCUAGCAAUUAUCAUUCCACUCACUCAUCACUGCUCUCUUCAACAUCUUGAAUCUUCCUUCACAUGGCACUCGAAACUCUGCUCCUCAGGGUUAAGACCGCCAUCUCCCACAGCUUCGAUGCAGUACGUCACACCUCCUCAACGCCGCACCACAACACCGCAAAGCCGUCACGUAAAUCAACAAACGUCGGCGUUUUGGCAUUCGAGAUCGCCGGCCUUAUGUCGAAGCUCCUCCACCUCUGGCAGUCGUUAUCCGACAAAAACAUGAUCCGCCUCCACAACGAGUCCAUAAAUCUCGAAGGAGUCCGCAAAAUCGUCUCAAACGAUGACGCUUUCCUCCUCGGCCUCGCCUGCGCCGAGCUCGUCGAGAAUCUUAGGUUUCUGGCCAAGUCCGUCGCUAGAAUCAGCCACAAAUGCAACGACGCCAAUCUAAGAAGCUUUGACCGCUUGUUCAACGAUUUUGCCAACUCGGGCCGGGACCCUUACAACUGGGUCAUCAACUCGAAAGAUAUGGAAUCAAAGAACAACAAGAAGCUUGACAGGUACGUCAACCUCACGGCGCAGCUGUACAGAGAAAUGGACGAGCUCUCCGCACUGGAAAGUUCAUUGAGGAAGGCCUUCAGAAGCGAAGAGUACGACGCGUCGCUGAGCAAAGAGCAAAAGGUGUUGGAUCUUCAGCAGAAGAUAGUGUGGCAGAGACAGGAGAUAAAGUAUCUGAAAGACAGGUCUCUCUGGAAUCGAAGCUUCGAGACUGUGACUUGGAUUCUGGCCAGGUCCAUUUUCACUAUUCUCGCAAGGACAAAGCUGGUGUUCGGCAUAGGACAACCUUCUUCUUUGCCUCGCAGCCUCUCAGCUUCGGCCACUGUCCACCCAUCUGAUCAAGGUACGGCGUGUCGUUUCGUUUCGGGCCCAUUGGUACGGGGCGCAAAACCACUAGAAGAUUUUGAUGAAGAGAGUACUAUUGUUAAAGAAGAUUAUUCUUCGGGUAACGGAUUCUUCGAGUCCAACUCGAAGUUGCUAAAGCCGCCGCCCAGUACUCUAGGCGCAGCGGCUUUGGCGCUUCACUAUGCGAAUUUGAUCAUAGUCAUGGAGAAGAUGAUCAAGUUUCCACAAAUGGUUGGGGUUGAUGCUAGGGAUGAUCUAUAUACUAUGUUGCCGAGUAGUGUACGGUCGGCGUUACGAGCUCGGUUGAGAGGGGUGGGGUUCUCGGCGAGUGAUCCGGUGCUUGCCGGAGAGUGGAGGGAGGCGUUGGGGAGGAUCCUGGGGUGGUUGUCACCGCUGGCGCAUAAUAUGAUAAAGUGGCAAAGUGAGAGGAGCUUUGAGCAACAAAAUAUGGUGCCCAAAACAAAUGUGAUGCUUUUGCAGACUUUGUUUUUUGCAAACAAGGACAAGACGGAAGCUGCCAUAACUGAGCUGCUAGUGGGAUUGAACUAUAUUUGCAGGUUUGAGAGGGAGAUGACGGCUAAGGCAUUGUUUGAGUGCAACAAUUCCAUUAAUGGGUUGCUUAAUUUGCAGAGUUCUAGCUAGACAAUUAGGAAGACAAACAUUUUUCUUUUUUGGAGCGUUUCACAUUUUGGAUUUCAGUUUUGAUUUCUGAAAUUUUAUCAUAUCGUUGAUUUUCAAUUUGAA